GUUUUCUAACCUCCCUGUGACAAAUUCAUACAAAACUCUUCCUCUCAAACAUAAAAAACCCUGUAAGAUUAGAGAUCUUGUUUUUGUCUGUCCAGAACCAAAAAGAUCUGUAGCUUUUUUGCUGCCCCUCUUUACUCCAACCGGAACACCAGUCGGGAGACAGUGAAGAGAAAAGCAAAGAAAGGAAGUAAGAAAAAGCCAUAAGAGGAGUAAAAGAUCAAUCAAAAUCUCCAUUUCUGCUAAAAAAUGUCAGGUGGGGUAGGAAGUGCAGUAUGCAAAGACAUCCCUGAAGAAAACCCAUUACCCCAAAAGAAUCAGAGGAGCCUAUGCUUCCUCUCUUUUAGGCAAUUAAACUGUCUUGCCAUUGUUGUGAUCUUUGCAGCAACUGGUCUGGUAAGUCUUGAGGACAUUGCCUUUGUGAUCCUCUCUGUCUUUUACAUUCUAAUCAUGUCUAAAGUUGCUUUUCCACAAAUGAAUUCAACUCCAGAGCCCAGAGUUUUUAGAGAGAACAAUAAAUUAUUCAACUGUUAUAUUAUGGUUGGUGCAAUUAUAGGGAUGAUUCUACCAAUUGUGUAUAUUUUUGAGGGGAUUUUAGAGGGGGAUAAAGAAGGGAUCAAAAUUGCAGCGCCCCAUGUUUUCUUGCUAGCUUUUCAAGUGUUCAUGGAAGGAUUCACUAUUAGGAGGGGUUUUUCAUUGCCAAUCAGAGCUUUUGUACCCAUAUUUUACAGCACAAGGAGGGUUUUUACAUUGGUGGAUUGGGUUAGAGGUGAGAUUGUGAAAGAGGGAGAAAUGGGAUCAAUGAGGAGGUUGCAAAUAGGGAGGGGGCUUGCAAUUGCCAAUUUAAUGUUUUGGUGCUUCAAUCUCUUUGCGUUCUUGCUGCCUGUUUACUUGCCACUGGCUUUCAAGAGGAUGUUUGGGGUGGGAGAUUCAGACCAAAGACAUCAUGUGGUGGUGUUCCCACUCAUGGCUCAGGGCCACAUGUUACCCAUGAUCGACCUCGCCCGGAUGCUCGCAAAGCGUGGGCUUGCUGUCAGCAUCGUUACCACACCACUCAAUGCUUCCCGCAUCCGUUCGAUCCUGGACAGGGCAGCUGCGUCGGGCCACAGGAUGCAAAUCCUUGAGAUUGAGUUCCCCUGUAUGGAAGCAGGCUUGCCUGAGGGGUGCGAGAAUUUAGACAGUCUCCCAUCGACCCAUUUGCUGAUGAACUUUUUCGAGGCCACAAAGAUGCUGCGAGACCCCUUUGAGAAGCUCAUCAGACAGACUAAGAAUCCUCUCUGUAUCAUCUCUGACACGUUUCUCCCAUGGACAGCCGAGGCGGCGCAAGCCUUGGGCAUCCCAAGGCUUGCUUUCCAUACCUCCAAUUGCUUCAGCCAGUGCUGCUGGCACAGCCUAUAUGUACACCAACCUCAAAAGAGGGUGGGCUCAGACACGGAGCCCUUUGUGUUACCCGGCCUUUCGGAUGAAAUAACAGUCACGAAAGCCCAGCUGCCUGAGCAUUCAAAGGAGAACAUAGCAUGGAUCGUUUCCGGGCUCGGCAAAGUUCUCGAAGAGAUGCAGAAAGCUGAUGCCCAGAGUUACGGCACGGUUGUGAACAGCUUCCAUGAGCUGGAGCCCAGAUAUGUCGACUACUACAUAAAUGUGAUGGGAAGGAAGGCAUGGCCCAUCGGCCCGGUGUCACUCUAUAAUCGAGACCAGGCAGACAAAGCAGAGCGGGGAAUGAAGGCCUCCAUCGACGAAAGAGUGUGCCUGAGCUGGCUCGACUCACAGAAGCAGGGUUCUGUUUUGUAUGUGUGCUUUGGCAGCAUCAGCCAUUUCAACCCAGCCCAACUGGUGGAGAUCGCACUUGGGCUAGAGGCCUCCAGGCGGCCCUUCAUCUGGGUGGUGAAGGGGGAUGCCCAGCAGGUGGACCAAUGGCUGCCUGAGGGGUUCGAGGAGCGCGUGCAGGGCAGGGGAAUGAUAAUCAGGGGGUGGGCGCCGCAGCUCUUGAUCCUGUCGCACGCAGCAACCGGGGGGUUCCUGACACAUUGCGGUUGGAAUUCGGUACUGGAGGGCUUGAGCGUUGGGCUGCCGCUUGCUGCCUGGCCAAUGUUCGCGGAGCAGCCCUUGAAUGCAAGGUUGGUGGUGGAUGUGCUGAAAACAGGGGUCGAAAUUUCAAAAGACGACCCCAAUGGACUGGUUCGGAAAGAGGAGAUACAUAGAGCCUUGUGUGAGGUGAUGAGCAACAGUGAGAUGAGGGAUAGGGCCAUGAAGGUGGGGGAGAUGGCAGGAAAGGCAGUGGAAGAGGGGGGCUCCUCUCAUCUCAGCCUCUCCCUCCUCAUUGAGGAAUUAGUGAGUUACAAUAACAGGAAGCAAUGAAACAUGGGGCGGUUCUCCUUAUGUUCGAUGCAUGCACCUGCGGGAACACUGCUUAGUAGCAAUAUGUGCUUCCUGGUGUAUCGCGAGCGUCUUUUCUUACAAGUCUUUUAUGAAUUUUAUUGCCAUGUAAGAUAGUGUACCAUCUUUACAAUUGUCACUUGGGUCCGGGUUUUGUCCUGUGACGUCGUGCUCCAGCAGGAGCUCAUUGUAUAUUUACU